AUUGUCUGAACCAAAAACUCAUAAAAAGGUUAUUUGUAUAUGUAAAAAAUAUAAAGGUCAAAAAAACUGCUAUGAUCCUCAAACAAGAGAUACAUAUAUUAAAAUAUAUGGUAGUUAUGAAUUUAUAGCUGAUAUUCAACUACUUACAAUAGAUACAAGUAUUAGUUCUCAAAUAGAAAGUAGUAGUACCAAAAUUUCUUCUCCUAGUUUAAUUGAUCUUAAUUCUCAACAAGAAAGUGAUAUACAAUUUUUGGAUUUAAAUAUUUCUGAUCAAGAUGAAGAAGUAAUUUCAGAAAUAAAUGAGCCAGAAAGUAAUAAUGAGAAGGAAAAAUUCAUUAUGAAUUAUUCUGCUCUUGAUAUUGAUAUUAGCAAUGAUAAUAGAUUUAAGAGUAUUAAAAAUCUUGACAGAAACUUUAGUUAG